AUGCCGCCCUCCCAACUCAAGCGGCUGAAAGCCUCGCUCCGCGAACAAGGUCUCUCCAAUCAACAAAAAUCGAAGAAACAAAAGAAACAGUCCGCGUCCUCCAAAUCCACCUCCGAACGCAACAAUCGCGCCGCCGCCCUCCAACAAAUCCGCGACUCCUUCAAUCCUUUCGAACACAAAUCGAUUUCUUCACGACCGGAGAAGUUUUCCUCGACUAGCAUCAGCAACCGCAACAAUGGUGCUGGGGGCGGGUACAAAGCUGUGUUGCAUCGACCUGGGGUGUCGAAGUCAAGAGGCGAGGAGAUGAGACGGGGCACAUUACUGCCGGAGAUGAGGAGAAGGAACAAAGUUGGUGGAUUGGUGGACCGAAGAAUUGGCGAAGGCGAUGUGGAUAUGACGCCGGAGGAAAGGGCAGUGCAGAGAUUUGCGAGGGAGAAGGAGCGGAAGGCGAAGGGACGGGGAAUGUUUGAUUUGGAGGGCAGUGAUGAGGAGGGAGGCGAUUUGCUAACGCAUGGAGGGAGGAAGGUGGAGGACUUGGUGGCGGACGACUUCCAGGAUGAGAGCGUUGAGGGAAGUGAAGAUGAUGAGGAGGAGCUGUUCACACGGAAGAGGCGGCGGGAGAGCGAUGAAGGCGAGGACGAGGAAGGCGAGGAAGAGGUUGAUGGUGACGAGGACGAUCAGCCAGAGAGGAAGAAAACGAAGAAAGAGGUUAUGCAUGAACUGAUUGCAAAGUCGAAAAUGCAUAAGUAUGAGAGGCAAAAGGUCAAGGAGGACGAUGAUGACCUUCGAGAAGAGCUGGACAAGGGGUUCGGGGAAAUUCUCGGCCUCCUUCAAGGCGUGAAGAAGCCUCCUCCACCCCCGAAAGCAAGCGUACCAGCUGCUGUCGACUCUAAUGGACCUAUCGUCAAUCCCGAUCGACAGAAACUAUUGGAUGGAAUGGAGAGGUCGCAGGCAGACAAGGAUUAUGAUGUUCGCAUGAAGCAGCUCGCGACGGACACCCGUGCGAAGCCUUCUGAUCGGGCGAAGACCGCGGAGGAGAAAGCUGCAGAUGAGGCUGCAAAACUACAGAAGCUUGAAGAGAAGCGCCUCAAGCGAAUGCGAGGAGAGGAACUGUCUGAUGAUGAGAAGGACGGGAAAACUGACAAGGGCGAUGGUGUGGAAGAUGACGGUCUUGAUGGUGGGGAUCAAGAGGAAGACUACGGUGAUGAGGCCGCCGAUUUCGGUUUCACGUCUUCGGCACCACCGACAAAGGCCUCAAAGCCCAGCGAACAGCUGGUUCUUGACGACGAGGAUGAAUUUGCGUUGGAAGAUGACCUCGUUGCAAGCGGUUCUGAUGCUGGACUGAGUGACGUUGAAAGUGGUCAGGACAGCGAAGAAGACAGCGAUUUGGACAUGGAGAACCACGACGACGAAGAGGACGAGUUCGUCACGGGCAUUCUCGGACCGGAAGAUGAGGUGGAGUCAAAAGGGCCUGAAGUCAGUGGUGCGAAUGCUGUUGCGCCGGGUACACGACUGGCAUUUACAUACCCGUGCCCCCGAUCUCAUGAAGAGCUGCUCGAUGUCGUAAAAGACAUUCCGGUCGACCAGCUCAUCACGGUCGUCCAGCGAAUUCGAGCGCUGUAUCAUCCCUCUCUAUCCGAGGCCAACAAGGAAUCCAUGGCCGACUUUUCCCGCUCUCUGGUAGAGCACUUGGCAUACAUGGGGAACGAGAAGCAGCCUCUUGUGGUCAUUGAACAAGUCAUCCGCCAUUUGCACUCCCUCUCACGCACAUACCCUUCGGAAAUUGGAGAAGCCUUUCGAGCUCAACUCAGAGCUUUUCACGAACGCGGUCAGCCCAACGCCGGCGACUUCAUCAUCCUCACGGCAAUCGGGUCUAUCUACCCCACCAGCGACCACUGGCAUCAAGUCGUCACGCCGGCCAUCACGAUCAUGGCCAAAUGGCUUGGUCUCAAUGUGCCCUCGGCCACGAAGCCUGUCGAGCCAACCCUCCUCGCCACCGGCGCCUUCCUCGUCUCACUAUGCAUCACAUACCAACGACUCUCCAAGCGCCUCAUCCCGGAGGCAGUCCGCUUCACUCUGAGGGCGCUGUCUACCAGAUCCCUCACUCCGGCCCUCUCGACACCGCACCUCACUAACCUCGUCCUGCUGGCCGACCUCUACGCUCCACUUUCCGCCUUCACCGAACUGUUCACCCCAUUCCUCUCCGUCCUCAAAUCCAUCCCAACUGCGAAACCAAUCCACCAACGCCUCAAAAUCGCCCUCUCCACCUCCCGCCUCGCCCGCCGCCCACUCGAGCUGCACCACCACAAACCCAACCCCAUCCGCACCUCGAUCCCCAAAUUCGAAGAAUCCUACAAUCCCGACAAGCACUACGAUCCCGACAAGGAGCGUAGCGACAGCAAGAAACUUGCAGCAGAAUACAAGCGGGAGAGGAAAGGUGCGAUUCGCGAACUGCGGAAGGAUGCGAAUUUCAUGGCGAGAGAGAUGCUCAGGGAGAAGAAGGAGGCGGAUGUGGCGUAUGAGAAGAAGUAUCGCAGAUUGGUUGCGGAGGUACAGGGUGAGGCGGCGCAGGGUGGGAAGGAGUGGGAGAGGGAGAAGGCAAGGAAUGAUCGGCAGAAGAUGGAGGCGAAGAAGAAGAAGGCGGGGCGGUGA